AUGAAGCUCCUUCUCUCCACCGUCCUCUCUGCCUUCGCGCUUUGCGCUUCUGCCGCUGUCAUUGCUCCCGGCUCGGUGGCGAAGCUCACGUUGACCUCCAACUCGGACCUCUGCGUCGCGAGCGCGGGCACCGACGUCGGCUCCCAGCUCACCCUCGCGUCCUGCGACGCCGACCUGACGGCCUUCGAGGUUGUCCGCGCCGCACCCGGUAGUGACCCCACGCAGCUCGCGCUGAACGCGACCUUCUCAAGCGGCGGACCCAUCGCCUGCAUCAGUGCGAGUGGCGUCGCCAACGACGGGCCGCUGUUCCUCGACGUCUGCGAGGACGACCUCUUCCAGCGCUGGAACGUCAAUGGCGGUACCACGCAGGGCCCGAUCGUGAACGCUGGCCAGACUGCCUGCUUGACUGCGGCGGCCAACACGGAGGGAAGCGCUAUCACGUUCUCGACAUGCUUUGGCGAGGACACUCAGGAGUGGACGGCAACCCUCGUUUAG